AUGUCAGAGAACAUUUUGAAGUUAUCGCAACUAAAUUCACUUUUCAAAUCCAAGAGAGAAACAAAGUUAGAUGAUAAUAAGAAAAAUCCACCUGAGUCCCUAAUCCAAUAUUCUAACUAAUAGGAAGCCACGUUAUAACAAAUUAGAAAAAAAUAAUCUCUUCCUGUCCCUGCUUUAGAAUCAAAACCCACAAUUGAUGUAAAUGUUGUAAUUCAAAUUUAGGAACUAUUAAACUCUUUAAUUAAGCCAAGAGAUUGGGAAAUUGAUGGAAGACGAUUAAUGUAAACAGUUUCAAUAGUCCCUCCAUCAAGAGAUGACAUCACUAAUUUGCAAAAACUUCUUGAUGAAAGACUUGUUUCGAGAUAAGCUAGGGAAUAUCCUUUAUGUCCAAUAAGAGAAGAAUUAUUUGGCUAAUGUUUUGAUGAGAUUAUCAGAUAAGUUACUAUAGAUUGUCAAGAAAGAGGUAUUUCCUUAAGACUAUUCCUUAAGGGGUAAUUUUGGCAAGAGUUCGAGAUGAUCUAAAUAAGACUAUUGUGGCUUAUAAAACAUUAUAUGAGGGAUCAAUGCCAUUUAGUCUUCAAAAGUAAUUGAAUGCUGAGGAUGGACUCAACAAAUUAGAAGUAUAGAUUACAAAAUUGAAUGAAACUAAAUAGGAAUUGGAGUUGAAAGUAAUCCAUUUUUAUUAUUCCGAUUAGAAGCAAUUUUUGACCAAUAAAAAAGAGGCAGUUGAAAGAUCAAUUAAGGAGAAGAAGGAUGCUAAUGAGUAAAGGAGAAAGGCAGAGAUUGAAUUUUUGAAAUAUUAAAAUUCUCAUUUGGAAUCUUAUCAAAAACAAGUAAAUCCAAACAAGAAUUAAUGA